UCCCAUCCCUGUUCGCAGAAAGAAAGGGAGAUAGUGAAAAUGGCGACAUGGGGUGCGUUUUGGGGAACAAGGGUAAUGGAAAUAGUGAAGAAGCAUGAUUCCGGCGGGCUUGUUUGGAAAAGAAUAAAGCUCACUCCUACUCGCAAAGCUAAUGCCAAGAAACGUCUUCGCCGUGUUUGGCAGAAUGAAGCUGUCUUGAGAGCAUGUUCUGAACCACCUCCAUCCGAAACUACAGAGGUAGAUGCUGGACAAAUAAGUAAUGUGCAAUUAAAAACCAGUAAGAGUUAGCUCAGAAAGAAGUGACCGAGUAUGAAGAGGUGGUUUCGUUCAAGAUUCAGUUAUGGUAUUUGCCUUGUGUGCAUCUCAUUUGGAAAAACUGGAACGGUGGCUUAGGUGUAGAAACAGGAAAGUAUUGGACAUGACAUUACAUCACAGAUUUUACUACCCACAUGCAAAAAGCCUGUCUUUGUGAUCAGCAAUAGAUGCUCCCUAGUAUCGAGGUAGCCUUUCAGAUGGGCGAGAGACCACGGAGUUGAAUUGGUCUUUAACAUUGUCUUGUGCUCUCUCUUUUUACUACACUAGUAUAAACCAAUCCAGUUUUGACCCUCAA